AUGAAUUUUGAAGGCAGUUUGGAGCAAUUUUCAUUAAGAUGGAAUAAUUUUAACGAUAACAUGAAAAUUGGUUUUCAUGACUUAUUGAGAACUGAAGAUUUUGUUGACGUUACAUUAGCAGUUGAAGGAAAAUUAAUUCAAGCUCAUAAAAUGGUUUUAUCCGUGUGUAGUCCUUAUUUUAAAAAAAUAUUUAAAGGAAAUCCUUGCCAUCAUCCAGUUGUAUUUUUAAAAGAUGUAACGCACAAAGAACUUACAGAUAUUUUACAAUUUAUGUAUUUGGGGGAAGUUAGAAUUCAACAAGAAGAGUUAGGGAAGUUUUUAAAAGUUGCCAAAACAUUACAAAUUAAAGGUUUGACAGAUGAAAAUACUCAGUCUAGCAAUAAUGAAAAUGUAUUACAAACAUCCUGUCAAAAUGAUUAUGAUGAAUGUAUAAACAAAACCAAAUUAAAUAAUUAUGAUGUACUAGAAAAUGAAAUUUGCUCAAAAAAAAUGAAAUUUAGUACAAUUGAUAAUUCGGAUAAAAGUACCCUUCGAAAAAUUCAAGAACAAGAUGAGUCGAAAAAUAGUCAAAAUGAAAUACCACAUAUUUUUCCUAAGACUGAACCAAAUGAAGAUGAUAAUGAAAGUGAUCAGCUUUCAUGUGAAGAAGAUAGUAUUAAUGCAAAUGAAUCCUCUGUGCAACUAAAUGACAUUUCUUCUGUAAUUAAAGACGAUAUUGAUCAAUCAAAUGCUGGCCAUUUGUUUUCUGGAAAUGAUAAAAUUACUUCAAAUGAAUUGCAAAGCUUUAAGUGUGAUUCGUUUCUUUUUAAGGAGGGUAAUCAAGAUAUUCGAUUUGUUAUGUCACCCAGGAUGAAACCUUGUUUGGUGUUUAACAAUUAUAUUUACAUAAAAGAUCACGUUGGUUUAGCAUCUCCUGGACAAGUGAAAACUAUUUACUGGAGGUGUAAAGAUGUCAGUUGUAAAGCAAGAUGCAUACAGAGUUUACAGUAUUUUCAACUGACAAAAAAUCAAGGUUUAUGUCCCGUUUGUGGAAGAAUUCUUCAGCAUAAAAAAAAUUUACAAACUCAUAUAGCUGAUCAACAUUCUGGAUUGUUUAAAUCUUGGUCUUGUCAAAUAUGUAAUAAAAUAUGCAAAACCUGGAGUGCGUUGAGGGUUCACACAAAUAGGCAUCAUUCGAAAAAUUCAUCAUCAUCUUCAAUGGUAACACUAUUUUUUUAG